GCAGACUGCAUUUCACUCCAAAUCUAACUACUUGCAAUUAAUAAAGUUUAUAUUGGGUAUACACAUUCGUAACCGAAAAAUACCCAAGCAAACAAAUAGUUAAAAAUUAAAUACCCAAAAUUCUCAUAUUUCGCUCAGACCUCACUAUAGACACCUAUAUGUUUACAUCUUUUGGGCACACCACUAGCUAGCACUCGCUGUUUUGGACCAACGCCCGCUAAAAGAGCAUCACAGCUGGCGGACGACGCAAUUUGCCAGUUGAUUUUACCAAACAAUAGAACAAAAUAGUGCAAUGUUUUCGAUAUUUGGCAAACGCAAGCCCGCGGAAACGCCCACGGAUGACCAGCCCAUCCAGGGACCGGCGGAGGCAACCCGUCCAGGCACCAGUGUCGAUGAUUUCGUGUUCAUAGAGCGCAAACCAGUACCGGAUGCUCCUCAUCCGGGUGUUCCAGCCGGCUCCAUGUAUCCACCUAUGCCGCCAGCGGGCUAUCUGCCCUAUCCGCCGAUGCCAGGACCGCGCAGCGAUCAAGUGAAGCAGCCCGGAGCCCAAGGACCCGUCAAUUACUUGCAGGACAUUCCAUUCGAGCUGGCACCCGGAUUGGCCAACAAGGAUCGCUACACCAGCACCCAAAUGCAGGUGGACAGCAUAUUGGCGCUACUAACGCGCCAAUUGUCCGUGGACGAGCUGGCCGAGGAGUACACCUUCGCCCUGGAGCGAUCCGUGCAGAACGAGUGUUACUAGCUUUAGAUCCAUAGAUCCACUGGUUAAUAUUCAUACAUUACAUUACAUUACAUAUAAUAAAACGUUGCUUAUUUAAUUGUAAACCAC